AUGUCUUCGAUCAACGCUUUGCAUUUGAAAGAUCCCGGAACAACAGUGCGCACGAUACCAUCCACGCAUACAUGGUACUGCGAGACGGGUGUCAGUGAAUCGUCCGGCACAGACCAGCUGAUAACACAGCUACGACUCAUCUUCUUCUCCACCGUCAGCUCACGUGGAAAAGGCACUGCAAUGCAAAACCGCUCAGAGAGACGCUAA